CCGCCUCGGGCCCCGGCCACCACGGCCGGUCCGCUGGCCCACGAGUUCCCCUGGAUGAAGGAGAAGAAGUCAUCCAAGAAGUGCCUCAAGCCUGGGGGCAGCUCCAGCGGUGGCGGAUCCAUCAUCCCACCCGCCUCGUCUACCCCUUCGCCGACCGCCUCCGGGUACGCUUCGGCGUGCAUCGAGUCACCCACAGACCCGAGCCAGGCGGUUCUGGAUGGUGGAGGAGCCGGGUCCCGCCGGCUGCGCACAGCCUACACCAACACGCAGUUGCUAGAGCUGGAGAAGGAGUUCCACUUCAACAAGUACCUAUGCCGGCCCAGGAGGGUGGAGAUCGCCGCGCUUUUGGAUCUGACCGAGCGACAGGUCAAAGUUUGGUUCCAGAACCGGCGGAUGAAACACAAGCGUCAGACCACGAACAACCGGGACGGUGGUGGUGGAGGCCAUGAAUCUAGUGACCCGGGUGGCUUUGAGCCGCUCGAAGGCGCUGAUGCCUCAUCUUCAUUUUCAAGCCAGCCGCUGGAGGAAUCUGGCACCGUGGAUGCUACAUCGGAGGGAGAGACGGGGAGCAGCAAUCUAUCUUCGGCCAGGUCCCCCCGCGGGGACAAUGUACAGCCCACGCCGGAGGAGGGAGACCAUUUGAGCUGUUCUGAAUGCCCAUCGCUGCUCGCUGCAUCUGGCUCCUCUGACGCUGCUGCGCCUCACCACUCGCCGCCGGCGUUCACCACGACGAACUCCGUUAAUAACCCGGGCCUGAUGCAGCUGAGCGAGGCCGGGCCGGCGACAGCAGCGGCGUCCGAUCCUUCAUUUUCCAAGCACGGGGACACCUCCAUCACCUCCAGCUCUUCCUCUGCUCCACCUGCCUCCUCCUCCUCCUCUUCAUCCGCGCUCCCCGACCUGACGUUCUUCGCUGGGGACUCCUGCCUGUCGCCCAGCCUGCAGAGCUCCCUGGACAGCCCGGUGGAUUUCUCCGAGGAGGACUUCGAUCUGUUCACAAGCACACUGUGCACCAUAGACCUGCAGCACCUUAAUUUCUGAGGCCAGCUGCAGCCUUUAAACAUAAAUGAAAAUUAAGAUUUAAAAAAGGGGGAGAGGAGGAGUGGACGGACAGGCCUGUGGGGACUUAACAAUCGAGCGGAGGACGCAGCACUGGGUGAGGACAAGAAUAAAAGCUUCUCGGCAACAUUCCUGAAACAUUUCUGAAUGGAAAUCAUGAUCGUUUUGAAAAACAUUUUUUUCAUCAUCUUGCUGGUUUUAAU